CAUAUAUCCAUAGCGGUGUUACUUACAAAAUAGCAAAAUGGGUACUGCAUUAAUCAAGCUAUUUUCACCGGGAGAUGUCCAAGCAAUGAGCUCGGUGCUCGAUCGAGUUAUAUCUCAACCUAGCACAGAAGAACACACUGUACUUUAUAAACUUGCUGAUUAUAAGAAAGGUGGUCUACUGCUAGAAACGUACACGAAAGGUGGUAUGAUAGCUGCAGAGAGACUGAUACGUGAAGAAUUCUCAGCCUACAUGUACGCAGGCGGUCGAGGCCGGGUAAUAAAUAGAGCUGAAUACUUACGCUGGAAGUUCAGGGAUCAAGAACAGGUAGUAUUACCGAUAGAAGCGUCUUUGUCUCCGUAUGACCCACUCGCCAAGUGGGAGGACCACAUGGCUUGCUGGCAGAUGAGCUACCGCGGCGCCCUCGGCGAAUCACUGCUGCAUUUAUUAAUUAUCUGUGAUACAAAGAUCCACACGCGACUAGCGAGGACUCUAGUCAAAUGUUUUCCGAAACUGUCAUUAGAUGUCGUAGAGGGCGAAGAGUAUUUGGGCGCCAGCGCUCUGCAUUUAGCAAUAGCGUACAGCAACAACGAACUCGUACAAGACUUAGUGGAGGCAGGCGCUGAUGUCAGCCAACGAGCUAUUGGUAGCUUCUUUUUGCCACGUGACCAACAGCGCGUCCCCCCGUCUCGCCACUCGAAUUACGAAGGCUUGGCUUACCUCGGCGAGUAUCCGCUCGCGUGGGCCGCUUGCUGCGCCAACGAGGCCGUGUACAAUCUACUCCUGGACUCCGGAGCUGAUCCCGACUCACAGGACUCUUUUGGAAAUAUGAUAUUACAUAUGGUGGUCGUUUGUGAUAAACUGGACAUGUUCGGGUACGCGCUACGUCAUCCAAAAGUCCCGGCUAGUAACGGCCGCGUCAACCACGCGGGUUUCACACCGUUAACCUUGGCAUGUCAGUUGGGCCGCGCCUCUGUCUUCCGAGAGAUGUUGGAGCUAUCAGCCAGAGAGUUCUGGAGAUAUUCCAACAUUACUUGCUCUGCUUACCCCCUUAACGCAUUAGACACUUUACUGCCUGAUGGAAAGACAAAUUGGAACUCGGCAUUAUUUAUAAUUUUAAACGGCACCAAACAAGAGCAUUUGAACAUGUUGGAUGGUGGCAUAAUUCAAAGGCUACUCGAAGAGAAAUGGAAGACGUUUGCUAGACAAAAGUUUCUGAAGCGUCUGAUGAUCUUCAUGUUGCAUCUUCUACUUCUUUCUGUAUCUGUAUACUUGAGACACAGCAGUAUUGAGGCAGAUGCUAACCCAAAUUGGGGGUUGGAGGUGACGGACGCUAGAGGCGGUAUACGACUGGCCAGCGAACUGGGCACCAUACUCAGUACAUUGUGCUAUAUAAUACUGCAGCAAGGCGAUGAAAUCAAGAACCAAGGUUUGGUUGCAUAUUUCAAACAAUUGAUCCACGAGCCUGCCAAGUUUAUAUUUCUGGCGUCCAAUUUGCUGCUCCUAGCGUGCAUACCUGCGCGACUAUCUCGUCAGAUGAUGGUGGAAGAGGCUAUACUCAUCUUCGUCCUGCCCGGAUCCUGGUUUCUACUUAUGUUCUUUGCCGGUGCGGUGAAGCUGACAGGUCCGUUCGUGACGAUGAUCUACAGCAUGAUAACAGGCGACAUGUUUACAUUUGGCAUCAUCUACAGCAUCGUGCUCUUCGGCUUCUCGCAGUCCUUCUACUUUCUCUACAAAGGUUUCCCGAAUGUCCAGUCAACUUUAUUCUCCAGUUUCCCAAGCACAUGGAUGGCGCUGUUCCAAAUAACUCUUGGCGAUUAUAGUUACACAGACCUGGGCAUGACAAUAUACCCGAAUUUGGCAAAGGCGGUUUUCGCGCUGUUCAUGGUGUUCGUACCUAUCCUGUUGCUGAAUAUGCUCAUCGCCAUGAUGGGUAACACUUACGCACACGUCAUCGAACAGUCCGAGAAGGAGUGGGUUAAGCAGUGGGCAAAGAUAGUUGUGGCGCUGGAACAAUCCGUGGCGCAAGAAGAUGCUCACCGUUACUUGCAAGAGUACUCUAUAGGUCUGGGCCCGUCAGACGACCCGCGAUACGAGCAGCGCGCAGUAAUGGUCAUCAAGAGUAAAGCCAAGACCCGUGCUAAGCAGAGAAAGGGAGCUCUUGCUAAUUGGAAGCGCGUUGGCAAAGUUACGAUCGCAGAGUUGAGAAAACGAGGCAUCAGCGGCGAAGAGUUGCGGAGAUUGAUGUGGGGUCGUGCCUCUAUCUCUACACCGACCAAAGCACCGUUAGCUAGAAGGGUACCACCGCCACCUGACUGCGUGGCGGCAGCAGAAGAGGUGCUGAACGGAGAAGUUGGCAAUGGAGUCGGAUCUGCUCUGUCGUCUGCUUUGAAUGUUAUGGCAUUCACUCACGAACUUGACCUUAAUGCAAAUGGUCAAGAUCAAAGUCAGACGCAAGCAACACCAGAUCUAUUAGUGAAUGGUAAAACAUCAAAUGUGAUUCCAUCACAAGUACAGUCAACGCCAAAUCAGUUAACGGUCCCUUCUAAUAUUGACCCAAAUGUCAGCUUGACGUUACCCGCUACUAAAAGUGACUUGGAAAUGAAGACAAAUACUACAGGCGCUAUGGGAGUAAAUGUACAUGUACCUACUGAUAUGCUACCUGGUCUAUCUGCACAAGGCCUUAGUUCUCAAAUACAAUCUAUACCAGUAAUACAACCCGUCACGGAGGAAGUAUUCAGAGAUUACCUAUUGGAGCUGGUUUUGUUGGCGGAAAAAACUGAUCCAAGCGAUCGUCAACUAAAGAGUUUGGCAGAACAGGCUGCAGACUUGGAGAAUGUACCUGUUAUAGACAUCAAUACCAGUACGGCAGCAAAAUCAACACGCAAGAUGGUGGCGGGCGCGGUGUCAGGACUGUUCGGAGUGGCGGCAGACGCGCCUGCGCCCGACGCCGGUUGGCGAAGGGAACGACAGGAACAGAGCGAUAGUGACCCCAUAUCAGAGUCCGUCCUGUUGGGUCGUGCGUCUCGCGCUAGACGCGCUCGCUCAGCGUCACGUCGCGCUGCUCCGCCCCCACCACACCUCUACGUACCGGCCAGAUCUAUGUACUUGGUGGCGUCUGAGAGCAGUGCUGUGGAAGACGAAGCACCAUGGGAAGAUCAGCCGAGUUCAGGAAAUACUUCGGCGAUGGGCGCUAGUCGCGAAGAAUCUGCUCGUAUGAGAGCCGCUCGUCCACUCUGUAUACAGCACGCCACAGGUCAAGCGCAAGUAGAACAUUCCUUAUUUGUUACAGGUGCUGGUAGUGGUGCUGAGGUGGAAAGUGCUGCUCCACCAUCCACAGCUCAAAAGAACGAGAAAAGGACGCGUCCUAAGACAGCUCGUCCACGACGUAAUAGAGUUUCGCCGGUGCCCGAAGCGAGCAGUCCACUGCAGCACUGGGCAACGGCGCCGCUCAACAAACUCUCUCGCUUCAUUCAUUCCGGCGGCUCCUUCACCUCUCUUACAUCGCACACCUCCAAUGAUAGCUCUACCAAAUAUUGACGUCAUUGUCUCAUGUUAUAAGCUAACAUGAAUACACGAUGGAAGAAGAUAAGAGGUCAGUAUGACUUUCGAGAUGAGUGAUGACGUAGCAGAAUAUUUAUAACAAUGCCAACUUUAGUAUUGCCAUGUCUAAAAUUACAUGUUUUACUGUACUGUCCUAGAUGUGUUAGUGGUGAUUAAAAAAAACUAAAACAGUGCCUUAUAAUUCAAUAAAAACGUACAAAGAAAUUGAUUUCAUCUUAUAAGAAGAGGUCAACAAUAUUAAUUACCACAACUGCGGUCGUUCGCGAACAUGAAGUUAGUCCUGAUUCUAUACAGUAGGUAUCCGGUGCCGAAACAAAGGACCAAAAAAUCUCAGUUUUCUGC